CUGAAACGACAGGCUCGAAUACGUCGUGAGUUUAUCUAUCGUCGAUCAAUCGAGGCACGAGAUAGCGAAAGCGAACGAAAGAAACAAUUGCUACGUGCGGCUCUGAAAGAAGGCAAACGUUUACCCAAAGAACUAAAAGAGGACGCGCUUGCCCUAAACGAAGAGUUGGAUUGGAGUGACGAGGGUGGUGAAGGCUUGAUUUGGUCCCUGUGGUCCGAAGUUCGAGCCCCGCCAUCGCCGUCCCAUUUCGAUGGAUGA